ACUAGGACUAGGACUCGGACUCUCCCCUUCCUCCUCCUCCUCUCUACCUCUACCUCUGUGUGGGCAGCCGCAGGAGGAGGCCGGCUGGGCUGCGCUGCGCGAUGGAACCGGAGAGGGAGGCAUCGUCGGAGUGGGGAGAUGGUGUCGGGGUGCUGGGUUUCCGGGUGAAGGCGUCUUCGUGCGAGCCGGCGGCGCAGAAGGCGGCCAAUGUGCUGUAGCCAGACCUGCGCUCCCACUGGUCCACCGCCACCAACACCAAGGAGUGGAUCCUGCUCGAGCUCAGCGAGCCGUGCCUCCUCUCCCACAUCCGCAUCUACAACAAGUCCGUCCUCGAGUGGGAGAUCACUGCCGGCCUGCGCUACAACAAGCCAGAUACCUUCGUCAAGGUUCGCCCGCGCUGCGAGGCUCCCAAGCGCGACAUACUCUAUCCUGCCAACCACACCCCUUGCCGCUACGUCCGCAUCUCUUGUAUGCGCGGCAACCCUAUCGCCAUCUUCUUCAUCCAGCUCAUUGGAAUCCCUAUACCUGGACUGGAACCUGACCUCCAGCCUCUAGUCAACUACCUAUUGCCACAUAUCACUGCACACAAACAAUCCUCUCAAAAUAUCCACCUCCAGUUACUCAAAGACAUUGCAAGCAGGCUACCACCAUUUCUGCCCCAGAUUGAGGCUGACCUCGCUAGUGUCACAGACACUCCAGACAGCAGUGUACACUUUUUGGCUCUGCUUGCUGGGCCAUUUUAUCCAAUCCUCCAACUUACAAAUGAAAGGGAUUUUACUAAAUCAUUAAUUAGCUCUGCUGAUUCAGAUGCUCUGAAAAGUAGUUUGGCUUCUACUCCAACGGUUUCUUCAAACUUUGAGGCACAACCUAGGAGAUCACGGAGUCCAUCUUCUGUUCAGCCUGCUUGUUUUCUGGCAUUUCGAUCUGAAACAGCCGUACUGCUCUUAAGGAAAGCACACAGAGACAGAGCCCUUGGAAUUGUUUGCCUGAAAGCAUCAAAGGUCCUGCAAGAACUUCUGGAGCCCGAUCCAUUGUUAGAUGAUGCUUCUGACCAAGUACUUUGUACAGACUACUCUAGUUUGUUUGGAGAUGAAUUUAGCUUAUCGGAGAAUCGCUUUGAUGCCUCUAUUCUGAACAUUUUGGAUAUUGCUGCUGUUGAAGAAGGCAUUCUUCAUAUACUAUAUGCAGCUUCAUCACAGCCUCUGUUAUGUUGCAAGCUUGCUGAGAAAGGUUCAGACAUGUGGUCUGUCUUACCACUUGUUCAAGCUCUGCUUCCAGCACUUCGUCCUCCACUUAGCCCUGGUUCUACUGAACAGAUUGAUGGUUGUCUUAGCCAAUGGAAUCAUCCAAAUGUUCAUAAAGCUCUCUCUCAGAUUGCUACAAUGUCAAUGUCAUCAUCAGUUCUUCAUCCUCUUCUCAGAGCCUGUGCUGGUUAUCUUUCAUCCUACCUGUCAUCACAUGCAAAAGCAGCCUGUGUUUUGCUUGACUUAUGCAGGGGACCAUUAUCACCAUGGGUACCCAUGAUCACAGCAAAGGUAGACCUUGCCAUUGAACUUCUGGAGGAUCUCCUGGGUAUUAUCCAGGGAGUUGGUCAAUCUCUUACUCGUUCUCGUGCAGCACUGAAGUAUAUUGCAUUGGCCAUAUCUGGCCAUAUGGAUGAUGUUCUCACAGAAUAUAAAGACGUCAAACAUAAGUUACUUUUCAUUCUGGAGAUGCUAGAUCCUUUUAUUGAUCCUUCUGUAAGUGUUAUGACAGAUGCAAUGGCAUUUGGUGAUGUGUCUGUUGUGCAUUUGGAGAAGCAAGCAAGCGCUUGCAAUAUUUCGUUAAAUAUUAUCCGUACAGCAGUGAAGAGGCCUGCUGUUCUCCCUUCUUUAGAACUUGAAUGGCGUCGUGGUGCUGUUGCCACAAGUGUUAUUCUCUCUACCUUGGAUCCGCAUAUGCCACUCCCUCCUGACAUAGAUCUCUGCAAAAGUUCAAUGCCUGAGAUUGAUCAAAUAUCUCUGAUAGUUCCAAACUGUCCACCGCACUCCUGCAGUGCUGAAGAUGCUGAUGGGCGUGAUACAUCUGAAACAACUCCCAGGGCAGAUAUUCUUGAACAGUGCAAUUCUUUAUUUGCUCCAGAAGAAUUAGAGCAAUCUGAGUUGACAAAGACUUUGGAAGAAAAAAAGCAUGAGAAAAUAAGUACAGAUUUGGACCAGAACUUCCCAGAGGACACAAAAAGUAAUGGAAAAUUACCAGCUGGCCUUUUUCAGUUAGAUAAUAUUUUUGCUACUGAUUACUAUGAUGCACAUGCUGAUUAUCUGCAGCUGGUGAACUAUCAGGACUGUGAAUUAAGAGCUCUAGAAUUUCAGCGCUUAGCACUGAAUCUAUGCACACAACAAGAACCUACAGUUGAGGGGCAUAAUGCUGGAAUAGAUGCUUUUCUGUUAGCUGCUGAAUGCUAUGUUAAUCCACUCUUUCUCUUGGAUUUCCAUUCUAAUUCGGAGUCUUUGGAUGAAAUUGAACGUAUUCAUGCAGAAUUGAUCCAAGGAAAUUGUUUCUCUGAGGCGAAACAUCUGCGUGCUAAAGAUAUUGAUCUCAUGAAAAUUUAUAAUUUGGAGAAUAAACGAGAUAAAGCGGUCCUGGAUUUACUCAUGCAAGCUGCAAGAUAUGAUUUUGAAUACCAGGGAAAGAUACCUGAUGGGAAACCUUUUCCAGAUGAUGUUGAAGAUGGCAAGCAAUAUAUAGAAAUUUCACCAGAGGCUAGACACCUUGCUGAUGCUGUAACUUUGGUCAGAAAGAACCAGGCUAUGCUUUGUCACUUUAUCAUGAAACAAUUUGAAAAGAAAGGACACUCUCCUAACGAAAUUCUCCUCCAGAGCUUGUUGUUCUUGUUGCACUCAGCAACUGAUCUAUUUUGUCCACCAGAGAAUGUGAUCGAUAUCAUAUUGAAAUCCGCCGAAGAUCUCAAUGGAAAACUUGUAUGUCUUUACAAUUCCGUUAAUGCAAGGAAUAAUAAAUUGGAUAGAAUAAAACUACAUUAUCUACGAAGACGUUGGGCACUGCUCCAGAAGCUGGUUCUUGCUUCGUCUGGCAGUGAUAAUACUAGAGAACUUGUCAGCAUUAAAAGAGAUGGUUUCCGUUUUAAAAGUCUGGUUCCUCCAUCAGCAUGGAUACAUAAGAUAUCAGAUUUUUCCAGGUCUUUUAGUCCACUACCUCGAUUUUUUGGAUGGAUGGCAGUGUCCCGUUAUGCCAAGGAAUAUUUAAAUGAGCAGCUAUUUCUUGCCUCUGACUUCUCACAGCUUACAUCUUUGCUGUCAAUUUUCACCGAUGAACUUUCUUUGAUGGGUGGUGUUACUACUCAGAAGGCCAAGUCUGCUAAAAUUGAACAAUCUGGUUGCAAUAACUAUGUGCUUCUUAAGAAGGAACCUUUGCUGUCAGACCAACCAAGCAUGAGAUUGUUUCAGAUUUUACUUCCUGAACUGCAUUUCUUCUUUCCGAGUAUGAGCAAAAAGUUUGAUGCAUUUGGCCAAAGCAUUUUGGAAGCUGUUGGGUUACAAUUAAAAUGUCUCCCAAAAAGUGCAGUGCAUGAUGUUCUUUGUUGGUUUUCAGAAAUGUGCCUGUGGCCUUAUCUUGGAAAUAUUAGGGAGCAUCUUGCAUUUGCAAACGGAGUUAAUAGUUUAAAAGGAAACAUUGCAGCUAAGGCAAAGGCUGUUGUUUUCUACCUACUUGAGUCAAUUGUCGCUGAGCACUUGGAAGUUAUUGUUCCUGAAAUGCCACGGAUGGUGCACAUUCUUGUGUCACUUUGUAGAGCUUCUUACACUGAUGUAGCUUUCCUUGAUUCUGUGCUGUGCCUAAUGAAGCCAAUGAUCUCACACUUCUUAAGGAAGAGUACUGAUAAUGGAAAUGUAUCAGGUGAUAUUACUGAAUGCAGUGAUUUUGAGUUACUUUGUUUUGAAGAGUUAUUUGAAACAAUACAGUUUGGUAAACAAUCAGAGGAUACACCUGGCAAUAAGAACCAGGUGCCCUUUCUCAUAUUCAUUCUGGGUUCGCUAUUUCCUGAUCUGUCCUUUAAGAGGAGGAUUGAGAUAUUAGGCUCAUUAUUAGUAUGGGUAGACUUCGGCAGUUCUGAUCCAUCAUCAUUGUUGUGUAGUUAUCUACAAGGCUUUCAGGCAUUUAUUGAUGGUUGUGAAACUAUACUAGUUCAGAAUAUUGAAUUAUUUGGUAUGCAUGUCCUUUCUGAGAGAAACCAGUCUACAGAGUUUGCUAACUCCGCAAGUCCAGAUGACACCAUGGAUAACAAGAAAGCACAGGCCAGUGUAGCACAGGUACAGAGGAGGUCCACAGAAUAUCAUGAGAAUGGUGAAAAUUCUAAGGGAGUUGAUUCCCCACAUACUGUUUGUAUUAAAGAAUUUUGUGGUGCCCUGGAGAGGUUAGUGUCAAACCUUGCACCAUCUAUUGAGGGCAGUUGGAAAUGGCACCUUCAGUUGGCCUCUAGGUUAUCUUUAUCGAUUGCAAAAUGUUUGCUGUAUGCAAAAUGCCUAAAGUCUAUUGCCGAAGGAGGUAUGAUCUAUAGUAGCAUCAAACAAGAGGUUGGUACUGAAAUAUCCACUGAUCUUUCCUAAAAACACUGGGAGAGUGCUCUCCAAGGUCUCGCAGAAACCAUUUUAGUAAAUCAGAAGAAGCAGUGCUGGCAGGUGGCAUCAGUUAUGCUCGAUUAUAUGAUUAAGCUUCCAAAUAUUCUUGCUUGGGAUAAUGUUCUUAAUGUCAUGUCUUCUGCAAUGAAACACCUCUGCUCUCAUGCACCCAGGAUAUCUUGGAGGCUUCAGACAGAGAAAUGGUUAUCAAUAUUGGUUUCUUAUGGAAUUGAAGGCCUUAAGAACAGUGAGAAUUCAUUGAUUGAUCUUUUCUGCACAUUGUUGAGUCAUGCUGAACCAGAACAGCGCUCUGUUGCAUUGCAGCAACUUGGGAGGAUUAUUAUGAGUACAACUAAAGUUGAUUAUGAAUAUACUACUUAUAAGCAAAAUUCACUCUCAUCUGGUUCAACAGUAACAUCCCUUUUGGUUACUCAUACCUGGGACCGAGUAGCAGCAUUGGCUUUCUAUGAUUCUUCUAUGUUAUUAAGGAAGCAUGCAUUGGCUUUGCUUACUGAAUACAUUCCAUUUGUUGAUAGAAAUCAUCUACAGUCCUUUCUUGGAUCCAGUAACAGCAUCCUUAAUGGUGCGGAACAAUUUUCUUAUGCAAUAGAACAGGGGUAUUUGACACGAAUGUCUUUGCUGUUGCUUUCAAGGGCGUGUCUCUAUUCUGCUCCUGAAGAUAUUGCUUUAAUACCUGAAUGUGUUUGGAGAAAACUGGAAAAUAUGCAAACAUCAAUACCUGGAUGCUUUGGUGAUAUGGAGAAAGAUCUCUGCCGAGCACUGUGUCAACUAAGAAGUGAAUCUGAUGCUAAAAGUGUCGUAAAAGAACUUCUCACGGAAUCUACUGCGAAACCAGUCGAAACUGAUUUUAAGGGCAUCCGUGAAUCGAUUCUUCAGGUGCUGUCCUCUUUGAGUUCUGUUGAAUCAUACUUUGAGUUCUUCUCAACAAGAUCUGAUCAGGAAUAUCAGGAACUUGAAGAAGCAGAGAUCGAAUUGGAGAUUGUUAAAAAUGAGAAAGCACGUCACAGCUUUAUUGUACAUCCCCAGGACACCAUGAUUCCGGACAUGUCAUCAUACUAUAAGGAUGGUAAUGAGGUUAAUAAGCAGCUCCAGCAAAUUCAGGAAGAUAUACGGUCCUUGGAAAGGUCCAAACUCAGGGAGGAAAUUAUAGCACGCAGACAAAAGAAGCUGCUUAUCCGACAUACUCGUGAAAAAUACUUGGAGGAGACUAGUUCAAGGGAAAUGGAGCUUUUGCAAGAACUUGACAGGGAAAGGGCUCAUGAGAUGGAACGUGAAAUCGAAAGACAGCGACAACUGGAUCUUGAGCGCGUUAAGUCUAGGGAACUGCAAUUUAACCUCGAUAUGGAAAGAGAAAAACAAACUCAGAGAGAGCUUCAACGAGAAUUGGAUCAAGUUGAGUUGGGGCGGUCAUCAAGGCGGGAGUUUUCAGCCAAUACUAACAGCCGGUCUAGGGAGAGAUACCGUGAAAGGGAUAACGGUAGGGGACAGCAGGAAGGAAGGAGCCGAGGUGGAGGAGGAGGGGUGGAGGCCGGUGGGUCUGCGACAAGAUCAUUUUCAGGCAACCUUCCCACAAUACUGCAGCAACCUCGAGAGCGUACUACGAGUGACGAGCGUACUAGCACAGGAGGAAAUUAUUAUGAGGAGAAUGCUGAGGGAAGUGGUGACGCCAGCAGCGUCGGAGAUCCAGAAUCAGCGGCGGCUUUGGAAGCUGGCACGAGGCAUACUCCUUCUCGGGGCAGCAAGUCGUCGUCCUCAACCUCAACCUCAACCUCAAGGCAGGUUGUAGUAGAACGCAGGGAGCGUCGAGAAGGGAAAUGGGAGAGGAAGCAUUCUUGAGCAGGUUGUGGUCAAAUUGGCUGCCAGUACGAACGAACUGUAUCGAUUAUCUCCUGGUUGCCCUGUACUGUACUUUUCUCUAUUAUGUAUGUGUACGCGGAGCGGCUAAUGAAAAUGGCUAUUUCGAUCGGUGGCUUCGGUGUUCUUUUUCAUCGCUCGUUUUCUUCACGGAUAUUUGUCGAACCGAUAAACGGUGUCUUUUUUUUACUAGUAAUAUGCCCGUGCUAAACGCUACGGUGCAAUUCUAUUGUCUUUA